AUGGCUUCGACCCAGAUCUCCGGAUCGACACUGUCGCUCCAUGGAGCCCCGAACAAAACAGACCACGAACGUAACAAUUCCAACUCAACAAGGACGGGUAUCCUGGUUAGGUUGAAUGAUCAGGUCAUACGUGACUUGCAACAAUGUGCCCAUGGGGGCAAGGCAGUGCAAUUGCUGGGCGGAAAGACACCGUGCAGNAAAAUUCGAUACGGUGCAAAGCUAUUGGAGUUGAAUGUGAGGCCUGAGACAUUUCGUCACGAAAUCUACUCGACAGACGACAAAAGCAACCAGCUUGAUUUUGCCGCUUUUGUGUCGCAUCAUGCUGAGCCCAGAGUGCCCGUCGAGAAGAAGGCGCAAGAAGACAGUGCCGGUGCCGAGGCCGCCCUCCAGGCGUUGAAGCAGUCGCUGGCGUCCAUGGCUAAGCAGAAAGAGGAACGCAAGUGA